CAGCAAUCCCUUAAAUUGUAGUUAUGAGCAACAUCAAGCUAACUUUCUGCAAGGCCAGAUCUCUUAGAGAGAAGGGAGUAGGGCACAGGCGUGAUUAGUUCGAAUUGGAACGCCGAAGAAAGUUGGAGAGGAGAAAUGGCGCUCCCCUUGCUCAGAUGGAGCUGCAGGAGGACUCCAGCGGUGAUAAGCCCUUAUUUUAGAUUUGAUAGACUUGUACAGAACCAACCUGUAACAAAAAGUACAAAACUGAAACUCGCUCCUAUAGUGGCUGGUAGAUAUUACAGCUCAGAGCGCAGGCAGUAUGAGAAGGUGGUCGUGGUGGGCAUCCCAAACCCCGUAGUGUGGUUCCGCACCCGAGUGUACUACUUUCUCAUCCGCACUUAUUUCGACAAAGAAUUCAACAUUGAAGAGUUCACUGAGGGGGCGAGGCAGGCUUUCUCACAUGUGUCCCGCCUGUUGUCUCAGUGUCAGUUUGAUGCACUUGAAGGCCUAGUCGCUAAAGAUCUAAUAGGAAAACUAAAGGAGAAAUGCACUGAUCUUCCAUUGAGCCACAAGAGGGCGCUCUCAGCUGAUCCAGAGGAGAUCAUGUACACAACUCCAGGGGAUGUGGGCAUCUACUAUGACGACAACGGGAGGAAGUUCGUCAGUAUUCUGAUGCGCUUCUGGUACUUAACCAGUGCCCAUUUGCCAGAGGACUCCAUGGAAGGAGCGCGCAUCUUCAAGAUGGCCAUUGGUGGAGACGGAGAGGAGGCAGAGAGCAAGAGACUGCUCACAGCCAAUUAUGAAUUCCAAAGGGAGUUUACCCAAGGAGUGACCCCAGACUGGACCAUCACGAGAAUAGAGCACUCUAAACUGCUGGACUGAAAUGAUGUGAAGUCUGUUUAUGUGUGAUUUUUUUUUUUUCUUUUUUUUGUCCUCCAUGAAUCAGUCGUCAGUUAUCAUCAUGAGAAAAGUAAAGCACCUUGUCCAAAUAACACUGUGUGUGUAAUUUGGUAAAGCUGAUCCGGUUCAAAUCUGUAUUACAGUUAUUUAUCUUCCUUUCGGUUAUACUGGGAGGGGUUUCAGUUGUUGAAUGUGUCUUGAAGAGACGGAUGCAUUUAUGCUGCUGUAACGUGUCUCAAAUGCAUCUCAGACCACCUUCUGAAAUGGUUUGAGCGAUCAGAUUUUUAUCUGUUUUAAAUGUCUUGAGUGCAUUAACACUUGCAUUUCUAUGAGGCUUUGCCUUAUUCAAAUAUAAUCCUGAUACUCAAGACGCAUGAAGUGAGCAGGUGUUAACGGGGUCUAACUGACACUAAUACGAUUAAAGAUUUUUUUU